GUCCGCGUAUUUCAUACUGUCACUCAGCAUCCUCAGUCUCUCCUCCUCUCGGCUGUGCUAUUGUACAACCAAGGAUCCCAGCAACAAUGCCUCUGUUCAAACUUCCAGAUAUUGAUGAUGCAAUGCGCAGCUUUGCUGAAAGAGUGUUUGCCUCUGAAGUCAAAGACGAAGGAGGCCGGCAGGAGAUCUCUCCAUUCGACGUGGAUGAGAUCUGUCCGAUUUCUCUCCACGAGAUGCAAGCGCACAUGUUCCAGAUGGAGGCUCUGUCCAUGUCCAUGGGCAUGAGAAAAAAGCAUUUUCAAGGACGGAAGACUGUUAAUUUGUCCAUUCCACGAAGUGAAACAUCUCCCACGAAACUGGCCCAACUCGAUGAAUUCAUUUCUUCCUCUUCCUCCUAUGAGAAUGUGCCUGACUUCCAGAGAGUGCAGAUCACUGGUGACUACGCGUCUGGGGUAACAGCUGAAGAUUUUGAAAUAGUUUGUAAAGGUCUGUAUCGAGCGCUAUGUAUACGGGAAAAAUACAUGCAGAAGUCAUUUCAGAGGUUCCCUAAAACCCCUUCCAAGUACUUGAGGAACAUUGACGGUGAAGCUUGGGUAACAAAUGAGAGCUUCUAUCCAGUCUUUACCCCUCCUCCGAAGAAGGGAGAAGACCCCUUCCGAACAGAUGACCUUCCUGCAAACCUGGGCUAUCACCUCCAAAUGAAGAAUGGAGUGGUUUACAUCUACCCCGACGAGGCAGCAGCCGGCAGAGAUGAGCCCAGGCCUUACCCUUAUCCAAACCUGGUGGAAUUCUUAGAUGAUAUGAACUUCUUGCUUGCUUUGAUUGCCCAAGGACCCGUUAAAACCUAUACCCACCGGCGCCUGAAGUUCCUUUCCUCCAAGUUCCAGGUCCAUGAGAUGCUCAACGAGAUGGAUGAACUGAAGGAGCUGAAGAACAACCCACACCGGGACUUUUACAACUGUAGGAAGGUGGACACCCACAUCCAUGCGGCCGCCUGCAUGAACCAGAAACAUCUGCUGCGCUUUAUUAAGAAAUCUUACCAAAUUGACUCCGACAGAGUGGUCUACAGUACCAAAGAGAAGAACAUGACCCUAAAAGAAGUGUUUGCUAAGUUAAAUAUGCACCCCUAUGACCUGACCGUCGAUUCGCUGGACGUUCAUGCUGGACGCCAGACAUUCCAGCGUUUUGAUAAGUUCAAUGACAAAUACAACCCUGUGGGAGCGAGUGAGCUCCGGGACCUCUACCUGAAAACAGACAAUUACAUUAAUGGGGAAUACUUUGCCACGAUCAUCAAGGAGGUAGGAGCAGACCUGGUGGAGGCCAAGUACCAGCAUGCAGAGCCACGCCUGUCCAUCUAUGGCCGCAGUCCUGAUGAGUGGAAAAAACUCUCCUCCUGGUUCGUCUGCAACCGAGUCUACUGCCCCAACAUGACGUGGAUGAUCCAGGUGCCUAGGAUCUAUGAUGUGUUCCGAUCCAAAAAUUUCCUUCCUCACUUCGGCAAGAUGCUGGAGAAUAUUUUCCUGCCGGUGUUUGAAGCCACCGUCAACCCGCAGGCUCACCCGGAACUCAGUGUCUUCCUCAAGCACAUCACCGGCUUCGACAGUGUGGAUGAUGAGUCCAAACACAGUGGUCAUAUGUUUUCCUCUAAGAGUCCCAAACCUGAGGAGUGGACAACAGAAAAAAAUCCGUCAUACACUUACUAUGCCUACUACAUGUUUUCAAACAUCAUGGUGCUCAACAGCCUGAGAAAGGAACGUGGCAUGAACACAUUUCUGUUCCGACCUCACUGUGGGGAGGCAGGAGCACUCACCCACCUCAUGACAGCCUUCAUGGUAGCAGACAACAUCUCUCAUGGCCUGAAUUUAAAAAAGAGUGCCGUGUUACAGUACUUGUUUUUCUUAGCCCAGAUUCCUAUUGCCAUGUCGCCAUUAAGCAACAACAGCCUGUUUCUUGAAUAUGCAAAGAAUCCUUUCUUAGAUUUUCUCCAGAAAGGACUAAUGAUCUCACUGUCUACAGAUGACCCAAUGCAAUUCCACUUCACCAAGGAGCCCCUGAUGGAGGAAUACGCCAUUGCUGCACAAGUCUUCAAGCUGAGCACCUGCGAUAUGUGUGAGGUGGCGAGGAACAGUGUUCUGCAGUGCGGCCUUUCCCACGAGGAAAAAGCAAAGUUUCUGGGCAAGAAUUACCUUGAAGAAGGCCCAGUUGGAAAUGAUAUCCACAGGACAAAUGUAGCCCAAAUCCGCAUGGCCUAUCGUUAUGAAACCUGGUGUUAUGAACUCAAUUUAAUUGUUGAGGGUCUUAAAACAACAGAAUGA